AUGAGGCAGUUUAUACUGCUUCCUCUUCUUAUAUUACUCCGAUUUUGCGAUGCUCUCAAUUAUAAAUGUCACAAUGAUCAAGUUCUUGUUGUUCAAUCUUUUGGAAAUGAUACAAUUCGAAUGCAUUGUCAACGUUUAGAUCUUUGCGGAUAUCAAAGUUUGGUUAGUUUUUUUUUUUGAAAAAAAAUUUGGGGAAAAGAAAAAAAACAGUUCUGUAGAUUUUGGGGCCAAAAAAAAAUUCAAAUUUUUGGGAGUAAAAUUUUAUAUUUUUUGACACCAAAUAAGCCUAGGGUUACUGUAGAUUUUGGAACAAAAAAAACUACAGUAAGCAUUGAGUAAUAACUUGAUAACUCAUAGGAACUCUAGCUUUACCCUAUUUUUCAGAAAUGCGACUACGAUGAACUUCAACCUCAAUGUGGCGGACGACUCAAUUUUGUUUCUCAUGUCAACCAAAAAAAUCCAACAUCUCCGUGAGUUUUUCUUCUUCUUCCAAAUUUCUUUCUUCAAUUCUAUCCCAUAAUUUCAGCGUUGAACACACUUGCUGUAACUUAUUCAAUCCUCGUGCCCCACAUGCUGUUCCAACACAUACUGGAAAUGAUUGUUUUAUUUAUGAACUUCCUGAUGGCACAACUAAUGGAAAGGUUCGUUAUUUUUGGUUUUAUCUGGAGUUUUUUGUGAUUUUUUUUGUAGAAAGCUGAGCCAUCACCUUCAGAUGAUGCACCGUAUGCUGUUUUGAAGGUUAGUUAAUUGAGAGAUCUUUAAAAAUUACAAUUGAAUCUCUAAUUUUUCAAAUUUUUUUCUCUAAUCCUCUCACCGAACAAAGUUUGAAGUUUGAUCAUUAAUUUUGUUAAUUAUCCAAUAACUAUUUUAAUUGGUUUUCCGAACAUUCAAAGUUCUAAACACAAAAAUCUUCCUUAUAUUUUUUUCUCCUCUCCAUAUGAAAAUUUCCAGAACCCUGCUGAAAUUCCCGAACAAUUUGAUGGUAUUACCGGAUAUCGACUUCGACUUUUCCUUCUCAAAAACAAAUCACCACCAACUCUUCUUGUCAAAGGAAUUGAAAGAAGAUUGUAAGCUAGAUCCCGGGAGAGUUCAAAUUUUAAAAGUUAACCUUUUUUUCAGAGAUGGAUAUCGUGUUACAAUUUGUCGACCAAGAUGUACUUCGUAUGAUAAAAUUAAUGAGAACAAUAACGAGGCACACGAUGUAAGCUUUUUUUAAUUUUAAAUUUUCAAAAAAUUGAAACCAAAUUUAUUUCUAGUCUGGAGAAAAUGGAGAAUGGCGAGCAAUUUCGUGGAGCUCAUGGUCAUCUUCUUCUUGGAGCACAUGGGCUCGACAUGCAUUCAACAAGGCUGCCGGUGGAACUGAGGAACGUGUCAGAACUCGAGAAGGCGAGGGAAAAUCACCGGGAAAUGUGAAUGUUAAUAUCAACAAUAAUAAUGGCGGUGCUUCUGGAAAAGAUUCUGGAGCUGAUGCUGAAUCUGGUGCCGGAGCUGGCGCUGGCGCUGGCGUUGGAGCAAAGAGUGAUGGAAAUAUCAAUAUCAAUAUUCACACUGGAAAUGGAACUGGGGGAUCUGCUCUCGCUGUGGCAAACGCUAGUGUUAAUUUGAACGCUGGAAAUGGAACAUCUGGAAGUGGAAAUAGUUCUGGGUCUGGUAAUGGAAAAUCGAAUUCGGGAUCUACUGAAGCUGAAGGAACAUCAGGAAACGCUGGUAAAGGUUCUGAAGGCGAUAGUGGAAGUUCGGCUGGAAAAUCUGGAAGUGGAACAGAUUCAGGAGAUUCUGGCAAAAAUUCAAAAGGUUCUGGAUCAGGUUCAAAAACGGGAUCUGCAAGCAGUAAUGGAAAGGGAGAUGGAAAAUCAAACAAUAAAAACAAUUCAUCAGAAGGUUCCAACGGAAAAUCUUCGGGUGGAAAUAACUCCGGAAAAACAUCGUCCGGAAACGCGUGGAAAGAUGAAAGUGACGAAGCGGAUGAUGAUGGAGAUGAUAACGAUAUUCUUGGAGAAAAUGGCGGAAAAAUCACAGUGAAUAUUGAAACAGCUGGAAAGAAUUCGACUUCUGGAGGCGCGGGAUCAGGAAAAUCUGGAAAAGGAAGUGAAGGAAGUAAUAAGAAUGGAGCUGGAAAUAAAAAUGGGAAAGGAUCAGGAAAAGGAGACGAAAACGGAAAUGGAAUAACAGAUCCAGAUGGUGAAAAUGAGAGCAUCAACACAAGUGAAAAAGCUGGCACAAAAGGAGGAUCUACAGCUUCUGUUGGUUCGAAAACAGCAGCCAAAACUGGAGCUGAAUCAACAACUUCGAAAUCAACCGGAGGUGGAGGAGAUGACGAUGAUGACGUGGAUGUGACGGAUGAAGUUGUUGGAACUAAAACAAUUUCUGAGAAAAAAGUUGAAGAACUUCUUGCAAAACUUCCAAAUCUCACAUCGAAAGAAAUUGAUCAAGCAAAAACACGUGGAGAUCGAUUGGCUGGUGGAGCAACUGCUAAAGUGAAUCGAAAAGCUAAUAGAGAAAGUACAGACACUUCUGCAAGCUCUGGAACUUCCGAUUCAAGUUCUUCGGGAACAUCUUCUGAUUCUGGAUCUUCUGGUUCAACUGCAUCUGAUUCAACGGGAACAGAAACCGCUGCUCAAUCUGAUGCUGUUGCAUCAGACACGGCGUCUGGAACUGGAUCAUCUGGCGGCGGAAUGAAUUGCUUCUCCGGUGACACUUUGGUAACUACAGUAUCCGGACAAAAACGAAUGGAUGAAUUAAUGAUCGGAGAUUUCGUAUUAGUUCCGUCGGCUGGAAAUGUUUUGAAAUACGAAAGAGUCGAAAUGUUUUAUCAUAGAGAAGCUGAAACUCGCGCCAAUUUCGUUGUUUUGUACACAGAAAGUGGAAGAAAAUUAUCCCUAACUGGAAGACAUUUAUUGCCAGCAGCUGAGUGUCGUGUUAUUCGAGAUUAUAUUUCGGCAGCAGAUGGAAUUGAUAUUGCAAUGAGAGAAUCGAAAUAUGCUGAAAAAGCUCGACGUGGUGAAUGUGUACUUUCAGUUGAUCCAUAUUCUGGAAAUGUUAUUGCGGAUAAAAUUGUUAGAGUGAGUUUAUGAGUCUUUAGAAGUUCAAAAAUUAUUUCAGAUUCUCACAUAAAUACCACGAAAACCCUCUGUUCAAAAAAAACAAAACAAUUUACCCCCUUUUUUAUCUUUGAAAAAUACGUUUCAAAAAUUUAUGAGAAAAAAGAAUGAAUCUGAUUUUUCAAUUUAAGCUGUUUUGAAUUGCCCCCUAAAAAACUGCCGUAAGAUUUUAACCCCGUCUCUUAUGUUUUUUAAAUGGUCCAAUUCAAAACUUAUAGAUUGGACGGAAAUCAUCAAAAGGAAUCUAUUCCCCGAUGACUGUUGAAGGAAGUUUAGUCGCUGAUGGAAUUCUCUCAUCUUGUUUCUCACAUUUGGAAUCUCACACAGUUCACAAAGUUGUAUUCGACUUUUUAUUCAUGGUUUAUGAUUUCUUCGGAAUGGUUAAUCACGGUAAAUUCAUUUCAAAUAUUUUUAUUUUUAUCUCUAUAUUUUCAGAUGUUUCUGUUGAACUUCAACCAAUUCCAACAUUUGUCUCAUUUGUUCAAGAUCUAUCCAAACAUAUUAUUCCAUUCUCAUAA